CCUGAGGCAGAUCCGGGGUCGCGGCGCCGGGAGCAUGGAGGAGCUGCUGAAGCGGGGUUUGGGCUGCAGCUUCGUCAAGGCCACGGGCCACUCCGGGGGCGGGUGCAUUAGCCAGGGCCAGAGUUACGACACGGACAAAGGGCGAGUGUUUGUGAAAGUGAACGCCAAGUCGGAGGCUAGGAGAAUGUUUGAAGGUGAGAUGGCAAGUUUAACUGCCAUCCUGAAGACACACACAGUGACCGUGCCCAAACCGCUCAAGGUUCUCGACGCCCCGGGAGGUGGCAGCAUGCUGGUGAUGGAGCACUUGGACAUGAAGUAUCUGAGCAGUCACGCUGCGAAGCUGGGAGCCCAGUUAGCAGACAUGCACCUGGAGAACAGGAAGCUUGGAGAGACCCUGCAGACGGGGGCCGGCACCGUGGGCAGAGGAGGUGGGCAGGCAGACCGGCCCUUCGUGGACCAGUUCGGGUUCGACGUGGUGACGUGCUGCGGAUACCUCCCCCAGGUGAACGACUGGCAGAAGGACUGGGUCGCGUUCUACGCCCAGCAGCGCAUCCAGCCCCAGAUGGACAUGGUAGAGAAGGCGUCUGGGGACAGGGAGGCCCUCGAGCUCUGGUCUGCUCUGCAGUUGAAGAUCCCUGACCUGUUCCGUGAUCUGGACAUCGUCCCAGCCCUGCUCCACGGAGACCUCUGGGGAGGAAACGUAGCAGAGGAUUCCUCUGGGCCCAUCAUUUUUGACCCGGCUUCUUUCUACGGCCACUCGGAAUAUGAGCUGGCAAUAGCUGGUAUGUUUGGGGGCUUUAGUAGCUCCUUCUACUCUGCGUACCACAACAAGAUCCCCAAGACCCCCGGAUUUGAGAAGCGCCAGAAGCUGUAUCAGCUCUUCCACUAUUUGAACCACUGGAAUCACUUUGGAUCGGGGUAUAGAGGGUCCUCCCUCAGCAUCAUGAGGAAUCUCGUCAAGUGACCUUGCCUUGGAGGGGGCCUCCAGUUCCGGUGUCCCCGACGCUGGCCCGGCGCCGGCGGCCGGCCCCUCCUGCUCCUCGCAGUCCCCUUCACACACCUGCGGCCGCCUCAGACCGACUUUGCAAGCCUUGGGGAGUACGUGGCCUCCCGGAAGAAAGGUCGCCCUGAGGUUGUGUAUUUCGUCAGCCUUCAUAGCUGGAUAAGCCACACUAGCAAUGAGAUGGGAACGGGGCACCUGUGGAGCGCGGGCCGUGUCGAACCGCACAGCUGCUCCAGAAGCAGAGGAGGGAAGUGGCGGGUGCCCCACACGCUGCUGCCGCCAGCCCCUCCCGCUCUUCUCCAGGAACAGCCCGAAGUUCAGGACGGUGCCACCCGAUGGCUGAGGCCUGGGUCGAGGCACAAAACCGCUCACCAGGAGCGCCUGGUAAUGACCAGUUCCAACACCGAGCACAUUCCAUAUGCUUUCUGUGGCCUCUGGACCAGCCACAGGCUGAGCAGGUCUGAAAAUGACUUUGGGAGAGACCAAACUGCCCGCGUCAGGGCGUCCUCAGUAAAUUUAGGAGCCAGUGGAUCUCCCCUUAGCGCCCUGGCUUGGCUGCUGCUCCCUUUGCUUCAGGUAAAACCAGCGCUGAGCGGGGGCCCUCCCUCCUGCAACCCUGCGGGACGGGAAUGCCCAGGAAGGCGCUGAUGCUGCGAGUCCUUCUGCAGGAGCUUCCAGCGGUUUCAGGGGCAGAGCGGACUGUCUCCCUCAUCGGAACUGUGGUUCAGUGCUGUACUUAGCUGUUCGCCAAGAACCCUUUGUAAGGUGUUAUUAGAAUAA